GCUUUCAAGGGAACUUUAGUUGAAGCACGAAGAACCUGCUGAUAUAUUAAUGGCGAAAUCUGGUACAUAGUCAAAAUAAAAGCUGUAUGUAAGUGUUGUUUUAUUGGAAACAUCUGCAGUCCCCGAAAUGGCAAAGCGAGCAGGGCGACAGAGGAACCAGCUGCCAACCUGUUACUAUGAGGGAUACCUGGAGAAGAGGUCGUUCAAAGAUAAGACAUCCCGGAAACUGUGGACCUGCCUGUGUGGAAACACGCUUUUCUUCUUCAAUGAUAAGAGAGAGGCUGAUUACAUAGAGAAACUGGAUCUCAGCGGAUUCGUCUCAGUAGCAGACGACAGCAGCCAGGAUCGUAACUUAGAUGCAGCAAGACUCAACCUCAAGACGAAGGAUGAAAAUAUCAGAUUCACAGCUCCUAAUGCAGAGGCCCGUGAGCUGUGGAAGGGCUAUAUUCAGUCUGUGGCUGAGCUGACAGUACCCUCCUCCCUCAACCUGCUACCAGGUCAGAUCCACAUGCUAAGAGAGGCAGUAGACAAGGAGAAGGAAAGAAUAAAAAAUGUCUUUCCACCUGAUGUCUCCUCCAGUCCUUACAUCACCCUCCAAGCAGACAUGCCAGCUUGUUACCACAGCGUGUCCCGUCUGGAGGCAGAGCUGCUGCUUGAGAAAGAGGCCAAGAGAGGAAACCUGCUCCUGAGGCCUGGAAGAGAUGGAAACUCCUUCGCUAUCACCACCAGACAGGACCAUGAUGGCUCCAUAUUCAGACACUACCGUGUGACUCGUAAACACGACGGGAGCUUCGCCAUCGAUGUGGACAAUCCGGUCCCCUGCGCCACUCUGUACGAUGUGAUCAACUAUUUAGUAGAAAAAACCGACAGAGUUCUGGUUCCUCUGAUCAUUGAAGAACCGUAUGAAAAAAACAUCUCUUUUAUUUGGUCUGAUAAUGAAAAUGGAGAAAAGAGUGUUCAGCAAGCUCCAUCAAACCUUGCCCCACCUAGUGUGCCUCCCAGACCAGUGGAGGAGAAAGAGGAUUCCUCAGCAGAGGAUUCCUCAGCUGUUGUGCUGCCACAACCGGAGAAGACGCCUCCAAAGAAAGCAAUGAUGCCUCCAAUUCCUGCUCCUCGCAGAUUGACCCUUAAUACGCCGCCGCCACCACCACCCUCCUCUGCCUCCUCCACAAACACAGAUUCGAAAACGAAAAGCCACAUAAACCCUUUAGGACAGAUUCCUCUUGCAGCUAUAUCAGAGCUGAAGCUAAAGUUGGAACAAAAGGCAAAGUCUCAAGAAUGACCUCUGCUGGAGGGAGUUUCGUGAAGCCGUCACCAUCUGUGAAGCUCUGACUCAGCAGCUGACUCACACCAGUGCAGAGCCACCUCCCUGUCUGUCCCUGCAGGACGAACCAACACAUGGAAUCGGAGACAAGCUGUUUCCAGUCUAAGGACCUCUUCCUCAUCUGCAUCACGGAGCUGCUCCUCCUCCGUCUCCUCCUCCUCCUCCUCCUUACUAGCUGCCUGUUGGCAGUAAAACCUCUCUGAAGAUUAACGCUUUAUUGAUUCACCCGUCUCUGACGCUCAUUAGCAAAUGAAUGGGGUGUAAAGAAGGAUGUACAUGUCACAUUAUCUUCACCACAUUUCUCUUGUACGUUUUGCACGUUUACCACAUUUUCCGAAUCAGAUUUUCUGCAUCAGUGUUGUUUGUCCAGUUUUUAUUUAAGUGUUGUGUCAUCGGCCGUUAUAUUCAUAUAUAUUUCAUAAUGUGACUACGAUGACGACGUUCUGCCUCAUAGGCAUGUGAUGUUUUUUAAUAUAUGAUUAGCUGUUGUUUACAGUAUAACCUGUAUGUGAAUAUGUCUAUUUUUCAGUGAAGUGAAA